AUGGCUAUGCAAAUGGAUCUGGCUCUCGAUGACGGCCUAUUGCAACCAGAUUUCAGGCAGAGCAAUCAGCCAAUUUUCGCCGACCGUGGAGAUCAUCAAAGCACUCUGGGUGAAGCGGUCUCAUUGCCUCCAAAUGGGCGAAAUCCGGAAGACGAAGGAGAAAAUAAUGCUACUUUCGCCGAGGCACUCAGUGCCAAUAGCCCGUUCAAUAACGAACGGCCCUUUCAUGUUGGCGACCCUCAAGGACUGGUUCAUGCCGUGAUGGAGAUCUGUACGGACCAACCUCCCACACCAGGAACCAUGGGAACGACCCAAAAAAUCACGCCUCAACCGAAGAAGACUUGGCAAACCAACGACUUAAUGUAUUUACAGAGCAAAGGAGUCUUCUCCUUACCAACUGCGGACGUUUGCAAUUCACUUGUUCGGGAUUACUUCGAGCAUGUCCAUCCUCUGGUUCCCAUAAUUGAUGCAGGGCUUUUUCUGUCUCAAUAUGCCCACAACGGGGCUUCGAGCAUGAAUUUGCUUUUGCUAUGGAGUGUGUUUCUUGCUGCCGCCAAUUUUGCUUCUCCAGAAGUGCUGCAAUCUACGGGUUAUCCAUCGCGGAAGGCACUAAAGCGGGCGAUGUACACAAGAGCUAAGGCAUUAUAUGACAGUGACUACGAAGAUGACAAGGUGUGCGUGGUACAAUCUGUCACACUUAUGGGAUUUUGGUAUUCGGACCUGGAAGACAGAACCGGUCCCUGGCAUUGGAUGGGAAUUGCCAUCGGAUUGUGUCAGAUCAUGGGUCUUCAUCGAACACCACGAUUGGCACCGGCUGCUUCGACGACGAGGCUGAGGCAACGCCUGUUUCGCAGAAUCUGGUGGUGUUGUUUCAUGAGAGAUCGUUGGCUGUCUCUGGGACUAGGACGACCGAUGCGAAUAGACCUCGAGGACUGUGAUGUCCCAAUGCCCGAAGCAGAAGAUAUAACGAAAGAACUCGAACAACUCCCUGCCGGAAUUGCCAAGAAGUAUAUGCCUGCCGCCAUACAGGAAGACGCAGUUAUUUGGGUGCAUCUUAUCAAACUGAGCGUAUCUCUAGGCAAAAUCCUCCGGAAGCUUUAUGGGAAGUCCGCGCCCAACUCUGAAAGUGACGACUUCCAAGCCUAUGAAGCCGAGCUUGAGGGAUGUCGGCUAGCAAAAGAAUUGGAAACCGGAAAUAGUUAUCAGCCUGAACUACUGAGCAAAGUGCAGUUUGAAAUGCUCUUCGAGUUCGUCAGCACCAACACACCCCAGUCGUUUUGUGUAGGAUUCUCACUUCGAUUUCCAGGGCUACUGUCAUUGUACUACAUCGAUCGAGGAUAG